AUGCCUUUUGUUUAUCGUCUCCAACCAGGUCAUACUUUAUCAAUUCAACAACUUCGGCACGCUCUUCAUCUUACUGUCAACAAACAUCCAUCACUUCAUACAUCACUUCAUUUUGAUACUCAAAAGAGUCUACUUAUGCAACGAGUGACUACUCAUGAAGAUAAGAAUAAUAAUAUAAUUUCAAUCACCGAAACUACUUAUGAAACAGAAGAACAACUCAAUGAAAUUUUACACGACGAGAGACGUAAUCCUUAUCUUUUCGAUCUUGCUCAAGGUCUUGUUUUUCGAUGUCAUCUCGUUUACUACAAACAAAUCUCUUCAAAACAUCUACUUUCUGAUCAGGAUAUGGUCAUUUUCAAUGUUCAUCAUGCUUUGUUUGAUUUUCCUUCGAUAAACAUAUUUCUUCAUGAUCUCAAUCAAGCAUAUACAACAGGUCAAUUAUUAUAUGAUGACAACACUACUCUACGUUAUCUUGAUUAUGCUGUUAUUGAACAACAAAUGUCAAUGACUGGUGCAAGUAUGUUUUGGCUUGAUACACUUUAUGAUUAUCAUCUUGAUCAAUCUUUAUCAUUGCCAUAUGAUCGAUAUCGUCUCUCAAAUGAACAUCGAACUAAUCGAGCAACAUCUAUCUCUUUUGAUUUUGGUGAAGAUCUCUCACAUCAUUUUCUUACCUAUGCUUCAUCAAAAAAUAUCAAACAUGAACAUCUAGCACUUGCUACUUACUUUAUCUUUUUAUUUAAAUCAACGAAUGGUGAAAAAGAUUUAUGUAUUUCAAUGAAUAUCGACAAUCGUUAUAGAGAUGAACUCAAAUCUAUUACUGGAUUGUUUGAGAAUGUCAUUCCAUUACGAUGUCAACUAGAUACUGCUUGGUCUUUAAGCCAAUUUGUUCAAAAUGCUCGAGAAACAACAACUAACAGUAUGAAAUAUUCUUAUUUUCCUCUUCGACGUAUUCUUAGUCAACAUGCAAAUACUUCAAAACCAGCAUUUCUUGAUAUAUCGUUUCAAUUUCUUUCGUCCAUGACAAACAGUGACAAUAAACUAGUAAUGAUUGGUGAUAGCCAACUUUGUUCCAUACCUUUCACAAUGAACACUACUAAUAAUGAGAUUACAGAUGAAUAUGAUUUCUCACUUAUAAUCCAACAUGAUCUCCAUGUCAAUCAACCCUCAUGCACAAUCAAUGCAUCACUUGAUUUAUUUAAUGCAGAAACAAUUGAUAAGAUAUCUCAACGGUUUCAUUCAAUGCUGAAUCAAUUAUUUACAUGUGUUGAUGAUCAAAUGAAUAAAUCAAUCUAUGAAGUAUCGUUAACACUACCAAGUGAAAGAUUAGUCGUGCAAUCAAUGAAUAAUACACAAAUAUCAUUUUCAUCUCCUCUCACUUGUAUUCAUCAUGAAUUUAUCUAUCAAGUAAUGAAACAUCCACAAAAACUAGCUGUUGAGUUGGAUGAACAAUCUUUGACAUAUGCUGAACUUUUAUAUUAUGUACAAAUAUUAUCUCUAUAUCUUAUAAACAAAUAUGCUGUUGUUCCAGGUGAAAUUAUAUGUCAAUGUGUUGAGCGAAGUUUCUCAAUGGUGAUUGGUAUGAUGGCAAUUGAAAUGAGUGGUGGCGUCUAUUGUCCAUUGUCACCUCGAGAUCCACAACAUCGUUUAGAUACACUUAUGAAACAAACUGAAAGUCGUCUUGUUCUGGUUCAUUGGUUGACAAAAACGAAAUUUAAUAAUGAAAUUGUUUCGAUUGACAUUUAUUCAACAUGGAUUAAUAAUUAUAUAAUCAGUGAUGUUACCAUUGAUCUAUUAUCAAGUAUUACAGUCACAUCAAGUAAUAUUGCUUAUAUUAUUUUCACAAGUGGCUCCACUGGAAUACCAAAACCAAUUCCAGUAAGACAUCACAAUUUUAUAUAUUUUACACAUUCUUUCAUACACAUUGGUGCUCUGCAUAAAAAUGACAUUGUCAUGCAACUUGCUACUUCGGCAUUUGAUGCACAUGUACAAGAAAUUUUAGCUACUUUGGUUUCUGGCGCAAUAUCCGUCACCGAUUCCCAAGAAGGUGAAUUAUUUGUUGGAGGCUUUGGUGUCUUUGCUGGAUAUCUCGGACGUGAAGAUUUAACUGCAAAAGCUCUUCUUGAAAUAGAU